AAGUCUCACUCUUCCUUCAGAUUCUUGUCAACUUUCAACGCUCAAUAAGAAAAAAGAAAAAGUAAGGGAAACUUUGUUCUGCUUCUCACCUCAUAACAAUGGCGAUGGCGUUCAAAAUGGCGACUACUGGGAUGUGGGUGACGGAUGAGUGCAAGAACUCAUUCAUGGAAAUGAAAUGGAAGAAGGUGCAUAGAUACAUAGUGUUUAAGAUCGAUGAAAAGUCAAGGCUUGUGACCGUUGAUAAGGUUGGUGGUCCCGGCGAAAGCUACGGUGAUCUUGCAGCAUCCUUGCCCGACGACGAUUGUAGAUACGCCGUGUUCGAUUUUGAUUUUGUCACCGUCGAUAACUGCCGGAAGAGCAAGAUCUUCUUCAUUGCAUGGUCUCCAACAGCAUCAAGGAUAAGAGCAAAGAUGCUGUAUGCAACAUCAAAGGAUGGGCUGAGAAGAGCUCUGGAUGGAAUAAGCUAUGAAGUUCAGGCCACUGACCCAACUGAGAUGGGAUUCGAUGUAAUUCAAGACAGAGCCAAAUAAAUGCCCUUUUUUAAGUGGGAAUCCUGCUCCUAAAUUAUCUGCUCAUCCACCUAGCUAAUCAAUCAAUUAAUCCCUCAAUCUUACUCUCUUAUUUCCAAUAAUAUAAUACUUAAAUAACUAUAUCUAUAUCUAUAUAUAUAUAUAUAUGGUCCAUCCAAUGACUCUGUAUGACAUGUGCUCUUCUUAUUUCUUGUUUUUAUGCUAGUUUAAUUGUGUUGGUUUCGGCACCACUGUGAUGUAAGUGGGGCAUCUAAUCUUCAAUCCUUAGUCAUGAUAAUAAGUUAUGUGUAAUAUAUGACUGUCGGGUGUAUGAUAAGUUAAGGGCAACAAACUUUGGUUGCAAUCUCUUUAAUGAUGAAAAUUAUUGAAAACAAUGGAUUAGCUCAACUUUUUCACACGGAAA